AUGGCUAAUCGGUCGUACCAUCGGCGGUCGGGGACGGACCUCCAUGGCAUGGAGGAUUUCCACCGCGCGGAACUCUCUCACUCGCAUCGCCGCGACGUCUCCCCCUCUCCCGCCUUCCCCCCGUACCACGACACCGGUCGUUCCCCGCGCAACUCCCCCCUUUCCCGCGGACACGCGGAGCAGGCUCCUCCGCCAUCGCAGAAGAAACACCACCGGUCUCUAUCGCAACCUUUUUUCGACCCGCUGCCCGUAGAAAACAUUGCGGAGCGAAUCAACGCUCUUGGCAUUCCGAAUCUUCAGAGCAGCCCGUUGCGCGCCACGGAAAACAACUAUCGAGGAAAUAGCGGCGGGAAGAAGGGGUCGACUCGGGCUAGCAGCAAAGGCUCGUAUGUAGACGAUUAUGACAAUGUACGGUUUGACGAUGACGAUUCGUCGGAUUCUUCCAGUUUUUCCGGUAAAGGAAUCAGCUACUACCGAGAUCGAGCCAGGCCUGGGAGCAGUGGCGGCAGUAGGCCUGGGUCCGCCAUUUCUUCAGGUUCGGGAGCAGGCUCGGCAGCAGGUUCGGUUACCGCAAUGUCGGGAUCUUCAGGGUACGGAGCGGUGUCUCUUUCCCGGGAGUUCGUUUUUGACAUGCGGCAGCACCCGUCUUCCCCGCCCCGCCACGUGUCGGCGCGCUGGUCCGGGGCUUCGCAACAUGCGCAGCCCGCGCACGCGCAGCAUCCGCCGAAGGAGCUUCUGCGCAGCGACGAUGAGGAUGAGGACGGGAUUGAGGACCCGGAGGACUCGGAACAGCCUCCCCCCGCGCGGCGCGCGCACACUGCGUCGGACGCCAUGCGCGGAAAGAAGGGUGCACGCGCCAUCGGCGGAGGUGCGAAGGACGUGGGGUUUGCGCACAAGGGGAACAGUCCGAUGAGCCCCACUAGUGCAUUGGGGGCAGUGUCGCGCCACCACACCACCAGCAACGCGGAGAGACGGCACAGGGCGGAAGGCGGAGGCACGGGGGGAAGGAGAACGUCUAUGGAGGGCGGAAGCAUGAGUAAUUUAAGCGGCAGCAGCGGAUUUAGCAGCAGCACGGGGUCGUUAAGAGCGUCGGUCGACGCGCCGCAGAAGGCGUCCUCGAGGCGCCUGUCCGCGUCGGCGUCAUUUAACCCGCGCUCCUCGCACGCCGCGACCACGUUCAACCACUCCGGACCGCACGCCGCCGCACAUUCAGGUCCGCAGGCCGGGCUCUCCCCGCGCAAGGUCGCGGGGGAGGCGGCGGGGGACGCGGAAGACACUCCGGUUGCGGACUCCCUCCUCCGCCGCCCCCCCGCGCUCGAACUGGGGAAAAUCUCCGCGGGGGCGGCGGGAAACGCGUCAUUUUCCGGGCCAGUGGUGGUGGGGUCGGGGGACGCGGGGCGGGAGGGGGGACAGGCAGCGGGGGAGGCGGCACAGGCAGCGGGGGAGGCGGCGGCGGGCGGGGAGAGGGGCAGGGCAGCGGGCGGAGGUCCGGUUCUGGAUCAGAGCAAGUCGGGGCGGAGGGCGUUCCUGGGGUUGCUUAAGGGGCUGCGCUCGCCGCGGCUGUCAGGCACUUUCGACCUCGCCACUGGCGCGGGGCUUAAAAGCCCCACUGGUGGCGGAGACGACUGGGCUGCGGGCGCUGCUGCUGGCGCGGGUGCAGUGGGGGUUUCGCCGAGAGGAGCGGGGGGAGGAGGGGGGGCAGGAGGGGGGAGCGGAGGGGGUGCGGGGGGCAGGAGCGGGAGCCCCGCGGAGGCAGCAGCAGGCGAGCGGAAGAGCGCGUCCCGGCCGUCCCUCUCCCCCCUGCGCAGCCCGCGGCUGUUCUCCUUCAGCGGAUCCAAACGCUUUGAUAAGAGCCCACGCGGUAUAGCGCACAGCCUCACAGGCACAGGGUCAAUGCGGAGCCCCCGGGGGGGAGGGGACGGCGGGGGCAGCCCGGAGGAAUGGACAGUGGGCACUGGCGGGAAAGAGGGCAUCUUAAAACGGGGAUACGCGGACGUGCGGAAGGUGUACGAGGUGGGGGAUAAGAUAGGCGAGGGGCGGCCGGGUGUGGUGGUGUAUGCAUGCACGGCGAGGAGGAGUGGGAGGGCCCUGGCGUGCAAGUCGAUAGACAAGAAGACACUGGAUGAUGACAAGAAGGCGGAGGCGUUGAGGCUGGAGGUGGAGCUCAUGAAGCAGCUGGGCGUGCACGGGGGGAUCGUGUCGGUUCGGGACGCUAUUGAGGAUGACACGCACGUGCACCUGCUGAUGGAGCUGUGCAGUGGGGGCGACCUCCUCAACUUCGUGAACACGGCGCCGGCCAUUUCAGAGCAGCAGGCCGCCACCAUUGUCAGGCGCCUGGCUGAUGCGGUGCGCUACUGCCACCACCAGGGAGUGGUGCAUCGGGACCUCAAGCCAGAGAACAUCCUCAUGGCCGCUAAGGGCGCCUGGUGGGACUUGAGGGUUGCGGAUUUCGGCAUCUCUGCCAUGCUCAAACCAGGAGAGCGCAUUCGUGGGUACGCAGGCAGCCCAUUCUACAUUGCGCCAGAGGUGCUGGGCGGUGCGUAUGGGUUCGAAUGUGACGUGUGGUCGCUGGGCGUGGUGCUGUACGUGCUGCUGGCACAGAAGCUGCCCUUCUGGCACGACUCGGAUGCAGGCGUGUACAAGCUGAUCCUCAAGGGCCACGUUGACACACGCACCGGGCCAUGGACGGGCAUUUCGAGGGAUGCUAAAGGGCUCGUGCACCGCAUGCUGACGAGCGAUGCCAGCCAGCGUAUUACCUUGGACGAAGUGAUUGAGCACCCAUGGGUGGUGGCGAAUCAAUGCGAGGUGCCAGAGGCACCGCCGCCACCAUCAGAGGCGGAGACGAAGCAGGCCAAGAGGCGGCGAGCCAUUGCCCGUUCGCGGGCCAACAUCAUUGCCUCCUUCCGCCUGCCCUUCUGUCUCACCCCGCUCACCAAUGAUUCCGUCUACAGUGACAGCGAGAAUGUAGUGUAG